CCCACACCGGAUGUCAAUUGUCAAAGGUAGGAUACUCAAGUGUCUCGUGCUGCUGUCCGGAUGAUUAUUAUGUCUAACGUCGGUUUUGAUAGAUCACCACGUGGAUCAAAGGCCUGGAUCGCUCUGAGACGACUUGAUAAAAACGAUGACCGAGUGGUGGCUCUUCGUGAAGUGUCCAUUCCUCCAGCAGCUGAGGUCACCACGGUCAUACAGAUUAUCAACACUACCUUUGGGCUAAACACUUCAGAUGUCAUAUUCAAGAUGAGGAACCACCAUGGCUGCCUGAUCCCUCUGAACAGCUCGAUCCCUGCGAACAGCAAGCACACGCCAUAUCUCCUUGAAGUAGCCAAGAUCUUUCAGCAUGUUUGUCCUAAGCCCAGAACCAUUCCCAUGACUGUGCUCAACAAGAGCAUGAAGACCAGGCUACAGACUAUUGACAGGAGGAUUCAGAGACUGGAGGAGCUUCUGCCUCAAAUUAAACUCAGGCGCAAUGAAAAACUAAGCCAGGAGAUUGAAUGUCUCAACCAAAAGUUGAGGUUUCUACUCAAGAGAAUGCAGGUGGCAGAUUCUCGCAGCUGGAAGGGGGGGCUGACCAGAGCCCCUCUGUGGUAACCUAACAGCAGACCAUCAGUGGGACUUCGGUCACACAAAUCAUCACCACGUGAGGAUGGAUGAUGAUGAUCUGAAUUACCUUUGAACUUAUUUUUAUAGACCCAUGUGUGCAAAAACUGUUAGUUAGGAUUUAUUACAACUAUAUUAUCAGAAAUCCUAGAAUGCCUGGAAAUGUGGUGUGUCUCGUUCGUAUAGUUGAGGAGCAUAAUUGUGACCCUUUUGUGUCGAGCCUCACUACAGUAUUAUUAAUGUUGGACCUAUUGUUCGACAAAAUGACCAAAUGAAAUCUGUGAUAUAACCUUUGUUGU